AUGAAAAGCUUAUACGAAUUUAUUCAAGACAAGCUUGGCACCGAUUUCGAAUCUAAUGCCUUAAAGCAAGAUAAUUUUGAAUGUGGUCAAUUCAAUGGCCUUGAUGAACUUUUGACUACUUGUUUCAUACUGCCGAAUUCAAGGAAAAUCGCACUGCCAUCCAUUUCUGGCGACUUAAACCAUAAGUCCGUCGUAGACCAAUGCAUCACCUAUCUUUUGAGUGGAGAUUUCUUCAAUAACGUACUGACGUUUGGCUAUAGAAUAGCCAGAAAUGAAAACGUCAACAAUAGUCUUUUCUGCCAUUCUACAAAUGUCAGCGUCACUUUAUUGAAAAGUACAACUUGGAGAAUGUUUCACGAUUUGAUUGGUACCUAUGCGUUUGUUGAUAUAUUGGUUAAUUAUACUGUGAUUCAAUUCAAUGGUCAGUUUUUCUCUCAAAUCGUCGGCAACAAGUGCAACGAACCUCAUCUACCACCCAAAUGGGCCCAAAGGGCGUCCUCAUCAUCCGAGAGAACCGUGCAAAUGAAACAACUGACCAGACCGGUAACAAAUAAAUCAUUCUUACAUAAGCUGAAAACAAAUUCUUCGACUUUUUUUCCUUAUGGCAGAAUCCUUUCCUCGUCAUCAUCUAUCAAUAGGCUAAGCGAAUUAAGAGAAGCUAUUUUUCCCUCAAAUUUGAUUAAAGUUCCUCAGAGACUAAAGAUAGGAAUUGAUUUAACUCUACGAAAGAUGUUGACUAGGCAUAAAGGUUUGAAUUACGUUUCCAUUUUGAAUAACAUUUGCCCACCAUUGAUAGAGAAUGGAUCGGAAUUGUCUCAUUUGGGGUGGCAAUUACCUAAAGAACAAGUUUUGAGAUUUUUAAUUGUUAUAUUACAAAAGUUAUUACCCAAGGAAAUGUUUGGUUCAAAGAAAAAUAAAUGCAAAAUUAUCCGAAAUUUAAAUUCCUUAUUAAGCUUGCCCUUACAUGGCUGCUUACCAUUUAACAGUUUAAUGAAAAAUUUAAGGUUAAAAGACUUUAAAUGGCUAUUAGUUUCAGAUUCAUCAUUUACCAAGCAAAACUUUGAAAAUUCAAAUCAAUUGGUAAUCUAUUUCGUUUCUUGGCUCUUUAGACAAUUAAUUCCCAAGAUUAUUCAAACAUUUUUCUAUUGUACAGAAAUAUCUUCUACCGUGGCAAUAGUAUUCUUUAGACAUGAUAUUUUAGAUAAGCUUGUCGCUCCGUUUUUAAGAGAAUAUUUUGAAAAAUACUUGAUCGAAAACAGUAUAUGUAGAAACCAUAACAGUUAUACGCUGUCGAAUUUUAAUCACUGCAGAAUGAGAAUCAUACCGAAGAAAAGUAAUAAUGAGUUUCGGAUUAUCGCGAUUCCAUGUGAAGGUGCGGAUGAAGAGGAAUUCAUGGUUUACAAGGAAAAUCACAAGAGGGUCAUAGCUCCCACCCAAAAGAUUCUUGAAUACCUGAGGAACAAAAGACCAACCGAUUUUGUGAAGAUCUAUUCCCCAACUCAAAUAGCCGACCGUAUCAAAGAAUUUAAACAAGGACUACUGAAGAAAUUCAAUAACGUCUUGCCAGAAUUGUAUUUCAUGAAAUUUGAUGUUAAAUCGUGUUAUGACUCUAUACCAAGAACGGAGUGUAUGAGAAUAAUCAAGAGAGCCUUGAAAAAAGAAAACGGAUUUUUUGUGAGGUCACAAUCAUUUUUCAAUACGAAUACGGGCAUAUUGAAAUUGACCAAUGUUGUUAAUGCAUCUAGAACUCCGAAACCAUACGAACUAUACAUAGAUAAUGUGAGAACGGUUCAUUUAUCCAAUCAGGAUGUUAUAGACGUUAUAGAAAUGGAAACGUUCAAGACAGCUUUGUGGGUUCAAGAUAAAUGCUACUUGAGAGAAGAUGGGCUGUUUCAAGGCUCCAGCCUAUCCGCACCGAUAGUCGACCUGGUGUAUGACGAUCUUUUAGAGUUUUAUGACGAGUUUAAAGCCAGUCCCAAUCAGGAUACAUUAAUUUUGAGAUUAGCAGAUGAUUUUCUCGUAAUAUCAACAGACCAACAGCAGAUAUCAAGAAUCAAAAAACUUGCGAUGGGUGGAUUCGAGAAAUAUAAUGCUAAAGCUAAUGAAGACAAGAUUAUAACUGUAUGUUCUCAACCAAACAAUGACACAGUUAUCCAAUUUUGUGCGAUGCAUAUAUUUAUAAAGGAGUUGGAAGUUUGGAAGCAUUCGAGCACGAUGAAUAUUUUUAAUAUCCGUUCGAAUUCUAGCAAAAAAAUAUUUGGAAGGCUGAUAUCACUAUUCAACACAAGAAUUUCCUAUAAAACAGCAGACUCUAAUUUGAAUUCAAUAACCACCGUUCUCAUGCAAAUUUACCAUAUUGUAAAAAAUAUUUCUGAAAGUUACAAAUCUGCCUUCAAGGAUCUGUCGAUGAACGAUACACAAAACAUUCAAUUUUCUUCUUUCUUAUUACGCAUAAUUAAAAUGACAUUAGAUGUUUGUCUAAUUACAAGGUAUGAUCCUUUAAUCGAGUAUGAGGUACGAUACACCAUACUAAACGGAUUUCUGGAGAGCCUUUGUUCGAACGCAUCGAGAUUCAAGAAAAAUAUUAUUUUUUUGAGGGAGGAAAUUCAGCAUUUGCAAGCAUAUAUAUAA